GAUUGCUUUACGGACAUCCAUCUUUCAGGUGUUAUGGAAACGGUAACAUCUCCGGGAUUCCCGACGUCGUACAGCAGUCAUGUAUCUUGCGUGUGGAGGAUCCAUGCAUCGUCACCGGAACAUCUUGUGGGCAUAAACUAUUAUGCAUCCUUGGAAAAGUCGUUUUAUUGUCGAACUGGCAUUCUGUCCUUCUAUGAUGGAUCAGAUAGUUCAAGUAAAAUGCUGCUGCGGCUUUGUGGGAGUAUACCGAAAAUAGGCAGUAUCAUAAGCGAUGGACCCACCAUGGAUGUACACCUGCUUACCGGCCCUGCAACUGGUGGAAUGGGUUUUCUGCUGAACGUUACUGACGUUGAAAGAUGUGACGGGAACUUAACGGCAACAUCCGAGGAAGGAAACUUAACAUCCCUUGAUUUGACCCACUCCUACUUUUCUAAUCAAAAGUGCACAUGGAUUAUAACAGCGCAAAACGAGAAUGAUACUGUCAAAGUGACCAAUAUAUUCUCAAUGGGAGACAAAUUGGGGCAUUUUUCAACUCAGUGCAACCAUGAUGUCGUUCGUGUUUAUGACGGAAACACAACUGAAGGUGGCCAGUUUCCUGGGGAAUUAUGUUCAACUGUGGAUCGGACAUACUACAGCUCAGGUUACACACUGUCGGUAGUGUUUGAGAAAUUGACCAGUGAGGGUGUACAGUUGCAGUAUACAGCAAUACCAGAAAGCGACUGUAACAGGACAUAUAACAUAGGUAACGAUCCUGUUUAUAUCCAGUCACCUGGAUACCCUGAUUCCUAUGGCAGUGACCUGAAAUGUGUCAUAUUCAUCUUCGACGUGAUGGACACACCAAACUUGAAGCUUGAUGUCGUUAAUGCAGAUAUAGAGGGAGACUACCCACAGUGCGACAAUGACUCUGUAACCCUUUUUGGAGGGAAUAAUGGAAGUAAUGAUCCUAUUGGCAAGUUUUGUGGAAAUUCAUCAAUUUCUCCGGUUGGUCCCUACUAUUCAAACGGAAGGAGCAUGAAACUGGUUUUCAAAUCCAACAGUCAUACCAGCAGGGCGGGAUUCCAGGUUGUGGUUUCUCAUACUACACGGAAAGUGGUACCUGACCAAUCAGAGAAUUGUGGGCCCAGAUUUCAGACUGCAACCACACAUCCAAAAUUCCUCAGUUCCCCAGGAUAUCCUGUGUUUUCUCCCAUCAACGCCGAUUGUAUUUGGAUACUAAAGGCCUCAGACCCAAACAUGACGGUUCGGAUUGACGUAAUUGACUCAGAUAUUCCAACUCAUCCUAUUUUCAUUAGACAGUGCGGUCAAAGUCUUGGCCUUCUCUACGAUGGACCUUCGAUGUUUGAUACGUUUCUCCUCUCUUGGUGCGGCAAGACAUUGCCGAGUCUGCAGAGUACUGGACCGGACAUGACAGUUAGAUUCAAAGCGCGCGAUGCAUAUAAUAUGACAGGCAUCAAACUGAAAUAUUUUGCGACGAAUAAGCCGUGGAGCUGUGGAGGUGCAGUUGAUCUCACGACGGAUAGGGAAAGAACUCUGACAGCGUCUUAUGAAACAUACAUUUCCGGAGAAUGCCUUUGGACUAUACAUGCCCCGACAAAUACGACCAUCAAGGUUAAUGUGGAUGCUAUAAAUCAUUUCCCUUCAUCAUGCAACGUCAAUUACCUGGAAAUAUACGAUGGUAAUUACGACAACAGUACUUCAACAACCCACGGAAAGUGGUGUGGUGACACCAACGCCGACUUCAUCAGCUCCGGAAAUGUCAUCACCGCCAGGCUCCACUUCAACGUAUCUAACAGAGGAAUGUUUAGAAUGAUUCUUAAGGCGGGUCACUUUAGUGCUUCACGGAAGACGAGACUUUCUGCCAGCAGAUAUUAUGAAUACUUUACUUCCCCAAAUAAUCCAUUCAAUUACCCGAGUAAUGUCGAGUCAACAUGGACGAUUGAGGGAGAUGAAGGUUAUCACGUCGGUAUCGGAGUUGUCUUCUCAAGUCUGGAGACAUCUGCAGGUUGUCAAAGUGACUACAUGGAAGCGUUUGAUGGUAUGAUUAAUAUUUACACCUAUUUGAGAACCCAUUUACUAUAA